CACGCCCACUUGUUGUUGUCGCAAAAUUAGAAGCAAGAAGAGCAUUCGUCAAAACUGUAUCUGGAUCUGAUUUUAAGUAUGGAGAUUUGUAUAGAUUCAGUUGAAUCAGCAAUCGCUGCUCAGGAUGGAGGGGCAGCUAGAGUGGAGCUCUGUGCAAAUCUGUUUGAAGGAGGAACAACUCCAAGCCUGGGCUUGCUUCAAGUGAUCAAGCAAGAAUGCCCAGCUCUUCCAGUCUUCAUUCUGAUUCGACCGAGAGGAGGGGACUUUGUUUACAGCAUCCUGGAAUUCCAAGUGAUGAAGCAAGACAUCAAGCUGAUGAAAGAACACGGGGCAGAUGGUUUUGUGCUGGGAGUACUCACAAAUGAUGGAAAUGUUGACAAGGACAGAUGCAGAGAAUUGAUGGGUAUGUCAUCUUUCAUUUCACGAAGAACUUGUAAACCAUUGCAAUGCUCCCUAUGCAGACCACUACCAACAACAUUCCACAGAGCUUUUGACAUGUGUGCUGAUGGGUAUGCUGCUCUGGAGGACAUCAUCUCUCUUGGUUUUGACCGCCUGCUGACCAGCGGUCAAGAGUCAACCGUCUUAGAAGGACUGCCCAUGAUCGCUGAGCUUGUGACGAGGUCACAGGGGAGAAUAAUCAUCAUGCCAGGUGGUGGCAUUACAGAGCGCAACCUGCAGAGGAUCCUCGAUGGUAGUGGGGUGAAGGAAUUUCACUGCUCCGCCAGAACUGCCCGACAGUCACAGACCACCUACAGGAAUCCAGCCGUGUCUAUGGGAGCAGCGCUCAGACCUCCCGAGUUCAGCAUGAAGCAAGCAGACAGUGAUCUUAUCAGGAGACUGGAUGGAAUACAAACACAAAGAUGAUACAAGGUUAAAUAACUAUCAGCGUGUCCACACACAAAACAAUUUAUCCCCAAACUCUAUAACGAAACGUCAUAUAGAGAAUCAUCGUAUAAAUUCCAGGGUGUCCACACACAC